CACAGUGUCUGUCCUUCUCAGAGUUAGUUUGUGUGUGUGUGUGGAUGGAGCUGAAGCAGCCAAGAUGUCUUCUAGGAUUCUUGUAGCGUUGCUGUCACUGUCCUGCGUUGUUUCUGCUCAGUCAGAAGUGGAAACCAGGGCAAGGGUGUUCCUGCAGAAGUUCGACGAGGAGGCCACUGAGCGAAUGUAUAAUUACUCGCUGGCAUCAUGGGCCUACAACACCAAUAUCACAAAGGAGAACUCAGACAAACUGUCAGAACAGGGGCAAAUAUGGGGCAAUUUCUACACCCAGAUGUCGGGGGACUCGCAGCAAUUCCCCAUUGACCAGAUCAAAGAUCCAGAAAUUAAAUUACAGCUCAUCUCCCUACAAGACAAAGGAUCUGGUGCCCUAUCCCAUGAUAAAGCUGUACAUCUGAGUAAGGUCAUGAGUGAGAUGAGUACAAUCUACAGCACAGCGACAGUGUGUCUCAUGGACGACUCCCUCAACUGCCAGACUUUGGAGCCAGGCCUGGAGCACAUCAUGGCCAACAGCCAAAACUACUCUGAGCGUCUGCAUGUGUGGGAGGGCUGGAGAAGAGAGGUGGGGAAGAGGAUGAGGCCUCUGUACGAGGACUAUGUGGAUCUGAAGAAUGAAGCUUCCAAACUAAACGGUUUUGAAGACUAUGGAGCUUACUGGAGAUAUAACUAUGAGACCAUUGAGGAGGAAAUUCGGUACAAGUAUACCAGAAAUCAGCUGAUGGAAGACGUCCGUUCUAUAUACAAACAGAUCCUGCCCUUAUACAAGGACCUGCAUGCCUAUGUGAGAGCCAGGCUUAUAGAGGUCUACAAAGGCAAAAUUGAUUCAGAAGGACCUCUGCCAGCCCACUUGCUGGGUGACAUGUGGGGAAGAUUCUGGACCAACCUGUACCCUCUGUCAAUCCCCUACCCCGACAAACCAGAUAUUGAUGUCAGCAAAACUAUGGUGGACAAGGGCUGGGAUGAGAUUCGGCUUUUCAAAGAAGCAGAGAAAUUCUUCAUGUCUGUGGGCCUUUAUGAGAUGUUCCCAAACUUCUGGAAGGACUCCAUGCUGGUUAAGCCUGAGGAUGGACGCAAGGUGGUCUGUCACCCCACAGCCUGGGACAUGGGAAACAAAAAGGACUUUAGAAUCAAAAUGUGCACCAAGGUCAACAUGGACGACUUCCUCACAGCGCACCAUGAGAUGGGUCACAACCAGUACCAGAUGGCUUACCGUAACCUGUCCUACCUCCUGAGGGACGGAGCCAAUGAGGGUUUCCAUGAGGCUGUUGGAGAAAUCAUGUCCCUCUCUGCUGCAACGCCGAAACACUUGAAGAGCCUGAACCUCCUGCCUGCUGACUUCAUUUAUGAUAAUGAAACCGAGAUCAACUUCCUGCUGAAACAGGCACUCACCAUCGUGGCCACGCUGCCAUUCACCUACAUGCUGGAGGAAUGGAGGUGGCAGGUGUUUGCAGGGAACAUCAGCAAGGAUGAAUGGAUGGAGCGCUGGUGGGAGAUGAAGAGGGAGCUGGUAGGGGUGGUGGAGCCUGUGCCAAGAGAUGAGACCUACUGUGACCCGCCUGCUUUGUUCCAUGUAUCUGGAGACUAUUCUUUCAUCAGGUACUUCACAAGAACCAUCUACCAGUUUCAGUUCCAAAAAGCGCUCUGCGGUGUGGCUGGUCAUACGGAUGCCUUGUCAUCAUGUGACAUUACAAAUUCUACUGCAGCAGGAACCAAGCUGAAGAAUAUGUUAAAGCUGGGAAGGUCUCAGUCCUGGACCAGGGCUUUGAAUACGAUAUCCGGUGACGUUAAGAUGGACGCCCGCCCCCUGUUGGACUACUUCCAAAAACUUCAUGACUGGUUGAAGAAAGAGAACAUGAAACACAACAGGACUGUAGGCUGGAAGUCAUCAGUAGAUCCAUAUUCUGAGUAUGCCAUUAAAGUGAGAGUAAGUUUGAAGGCUGCCAUGGGGGAUAGCGCUUAUUCCUGGAACGCCAACGAGCUGUUCCUGUUCAAGGCCAACAUUGCGUAUGCUUUGAGGCAGUACUACAGCCAAAAGAACGAGAUACUUCUCUUCACACCAGAGAACGUCCUCACUUAUAAGGAGACUCCCAGAAUCUCUUUCUACAUUGUGGUCACCAACCCAGCAAAUCCCUCCGUAUAUAUCCCAAAGCAUGAUGUGGAGGCUGCCAUACGGCUGUGUCGAGGCCGAAUCAACGAUGCCUUCCAAUUGGAUGACAGGACGCUGGAGUUUGUGGGUAUCCCACCAACACUAGCCCCUCCCGUGGAGCAGCCAGUGACGGUGUGGCUGGUGGUAUUUGGGGUGGUAAUGGGAAUCGUGGUGCUAGCGGGUGUCUACCUCAUCAUCUCUGGUGCCAGAGAGCGCAAAAAGAAAUCUGCAAAGACAGGCACGGAGAAUCCUUAUGAUACAAAUCCUGAAGGACAAACUAACAAAGCCUUUGAGGAGAAUGACAAUGAGCAAACUGGAUUCUGAGUCCACUGCAGUGACCGAAGAACAGAGGCAUCCCAUUUCUACUGAGUCUGUGUUGACGAUAUGGAUGAACCAGCCGCUGUACAGCGCUGACUCAAACUUCAGCUGUUUGGUGCGAUCACCCGUCAUGUAGAAGAGGAAAGACAGGGUACUCUC